GGAGCGUCUUGCUUUGAUUCUUCUCCGUCCAAAACCAGAAGGCUAGAGCAUCACCGCCGCCGCCACCUCAAAUCCGCUAUUCCGGUUUCCGCUUCUCUAGUCUCUCUGUUUCUUUUAAGAUGGCGGCGACGGAGCCAAAGGCUGUGAGUGAGGUCGCCAAGAUGGACCUGUUUGAAGACGAUGAUGAGUUCGAGGAGUUUGAUAUCAAUGAAGAAUGGGAGGACAAAGAGGAAGGCAAGGAAGUGACACAACAAUGGGAGGAUGACUGGGAUGAUGAUGACGUUAAUGACGACUUCUCUCUCCAGCUGAGGAGGGAGUUGGAAAACAACACUGAGAAGAAAGAUUAGGCUGCAAGCUCAGUCAUUUGCUCAAGUCUUUCUUUUCUCUGCACUAUAUGAGAUGGUUUUGCUGGUUUUUCUUCCAAAGCCACCAGAUGCCUGUUAGAGACAUAUGAUGUUGACAUUUCUAAUGUUCUGUAUUAAGGAUGCUGUAGUUUGAGUUCUCAAGUCUGUUCGACUUCCCCUAAGCUUUGUUAACUUGUACUUGAUCAUUCGGUUAAUCUCUUAUAAAGUAGUCUGCAAGUGCUUGCAUUCUACAUGGCUUGGUCUUAAAA